AGCGGCAGUCGUGUCGGCUGCGGCUUCUGACACUGGGUUCGGGGGUAGUACGGUGGUGGGCCCGUGGAUAAAUCAUUCAUAGCGUGGAUUUAUGUAAAUUUGAAUUAAAGAGACGUUCGCUGCUCGUCAGGAUUGCUUCGGUUGAUCCUGUGUGCGCUCAUCAGCCAUGGUUUCCGGGAUAUCGAUUCCCGUCAUCCUCGUACUGGGAUGCGCCGUUUUGAGCCACUGUCAGAGGCCGCCGGCCGAUGACGAGGACUUCAUGUUCGCGCGCGAGGGCUCGGGCCGCUCGCUGGCGGCGCCGGCCGGCCGCCCUGACCCGCCACCGCCCGAGGCCGGCGGCGGCGUGUACGGGACCGUGAUGCACGUCGACCAGCAGCCCGACUACGGCAGCGUCGCGCACAACUACCCCGACCUCCAGUACGGCAGCGGCUACGGCGACGAUGACGACUACGACUACGACGAAGACUACAUCUACGACGAGGACGAAGAUUACGUGGUCGACGGCGAUGUCGAUUCGGUGCACCACACGCAUCACGACCCGCUGGAUCAUGACGCGGUGGCGCCGGAGCGUAUCGGCGUGGUCCACGCGGCGCCGCCGCAGCCCGAGCAGACGGAGCUGCCCGACCGGCAUGGCCCCGAGCAGGGCCUGGUGUACGGCACCGAGACUCGACCCUCCGAGCAGCCGCGAGCCGAGGACGACCUGCACGAGGACUGGGAGGACGGCACGGAGCACAACAACGGCAUCGUGAUCCAGCCGGAGGACACGUUGGACGGCGCCGGGAACGCCAUCGAGGACGGCACCGUCGACGGCAGGCCCACGCCGCACGGCCUGGACGGCAUGGGCUCCAAGGCGCUCGACCGCAACACGUCGUUCUUCGCUCAGCCCGGUAUACUGGCAGCCGUGGUGGGAGGCGCCGUGGUCGGCCUGCUCUGCGCCAUUCUGCUCGUCAUGCUCAUCGUCUACCGGAUGCGCAAGAAGGACGAGGGCUCGUACGCGCUGGACGAGCCCAAGCGCUCGCUCACCGGCAACACUUACUCGAAAAAUUACAACAAGGAGUUUUACGCGUAGGCGCGUUUCUUAGUGUACAACGGUGUCGUUUGCGUGUGCUGCUGGCGUGGUGCCGGGCCGGGCCAGGCGGGCAGCUGCGGUCCGACCCGCCCCGCGCUGUACAUACGGGCUGCCUCGCGCGCCACCCUUCGCCCCGUUCAGCGAGUGACCGCGGGCCGGCCGGCCGCGGCGGAACGACCAGUAUGUGACGAGAAAGUGCAGAGGAUUUCUCUAUGCAGCUGACGGCUUCAGCUGCGCCGUGUGCCGUCGCGCCCCUCCGUGUUCCCCGUCGCGCCCGCGCGCGUCGCUCCCCGUAGCUGUAGGUGGCAGCACCGGCGCCGCUGUUAUUUGUACGUGCUUUAACGGCCGAGACCGGCUGGAAGGACGCGAGCCCCGACGCGGGACGGCAGCUGGUCAUUGCCGACGGCAGCUGUCCGGGCUCGGCUGGGUGGCCGCGGCGCCAGGGGAGCGGCGUUCUGUGCCAUAGUGUUCCGCCACCGCCUCGCCCCCGCCCUCCCCACUGGCUUCGCCCGCCCACGCCCCGUGUCGGCGACAGCUUUUUCAGUGUUCGCUCAGGCCUCCCAGAGGCUGCAUUGUUUUCGUGAGGUGUUUAGCGUGUUUUCGGCGGCGGCAGCUGCAUGUGAACGUCUUUGUUUGUCGUCGAGCUGCGGGCAGUCGCUCGCUCGUUGUUUUUUACUGUAUUGUUUCUGCUCGUCACAAUAUCACUUCCGCUCGGACUUUUACGUGUACAACGAUACAUAGAUACUAAUGUUCCUCUGACUUACCUCUGCUCAGCGUGCGGAGGUGGUUUGGCCAGCGGAUCUGCGUCCCGUGCCCAGUGCGCCGGAACGUGCCGACUGUAAUAUAGUUUGUACCGAACCAUCCGUAAUAAAUAUCACUUAGUUCUUGUA